GCAACAUUCAAUCUUCUUUGUCCAAUUCCAAAUGGCUGUCUUUAGAAAAAUGUUUCCUUUAAUUAUGGUAAUUAUGGCAUUAUUAGCUAUUAACUCAGAUAAAGCUUGUGCGGGAGAUCCAGAUAUGCUUCAGGAUGUUUGUGUUGCUGAUCUCACCUCACCCUGGAAAUUGAAUGGAUUUCCAUGCAAGAGUAUGUUCUCCGCUGCUGAUUUCUCGUCGAUGGUUAUUUCAAAGCCAGGAGCCACAAACAACACAUUUGGUUCCCUUGUCACUGGAGCUAACGUUAUGGCUAUCCCUGGGCUUAACACCCUAGGUGUGUCCAUGGCUCGAAUCGACUAUGCUCCUGGUGGCAUUAACGCACCCCACCUCCACCCACGAGCCACGGAGAUGAUUUACGUUUUACAAGGUGAAUUAGAUGUUGGUUUUAUUACUACAGCUAAUGUAUUGGUCGCUAAGCACAUUGUACAAGGAGAAGUGUUUGUUUUUCCUAGAGGACUUGUUCAUUUCCAAAAGAAUAACGGUCACAUGCCAGCAGCUGUUAUUGCUGGGUUCAAUAGUCAGUUAGCUGGUACACAAUCGAUUGCUACAACGUUGUUUGCAGCAACACCAGCACCAGGUGUUCCUAAUGAUAUCUUGGCUCAAGCAUUCCAAAUUGGUACUAUGCAAGUUCAGCAGAUUAAGGCUAAAUUUGCACCCAAGAAUUAAGUAGUAA